CGAAGGAAAUAGAAUAGUAAUUGUUAAGUGAAUCGGUGACUAAAUUAAAAUUAAUUCUUCAAUUAUACGAUUAUACGAAGGAAUAACAGAAACGAUGUACACGUGUCACGUAUAACAUCUUGUCGAGCUGUCAGUCGCUCAGGAGUGGCUACAGCGUGUUAAGCAUGGCGCCGCACCGAGCGUUUUCACGUCCCGGUUUUUCCAAUCUUUGACGUACUCGUACGAUGUAUUUGGUUUAAGAAUACCCUCUGCUACCGUCGAAUUGAUCACGAGUCUUCGUUUUUGUAUCCAGUUUCGUGCUGAAAAGGAUAACGCCUCUGGUAGAAGCAACUCUGGCACUGUUGCAAAAUGCUUCCACUCUCGCACAAAGACUCACGAAAUCUCAGUAGCCGGAUAAAGGAGCAGUUAUUGGGAUGGAAACGUUUGAUAUUUUCUGACAAGAAUACUAGAAAUUUGUUUUUGUUUCUUCUUCUUAAUUUGUCCUUUGCCUUCAUUGAAUUACUAUAUGGAGUAUGGACAAACAGUUUGGGCUUAAUAUCCGAUAGCUUUCACAUGUUCUUUGAUUGUACUGGUUUAUUGUUUGGCUUGGCAGCAUCAGUUAUAACCAAAUGGAGAGCAAACGAACGAUACUCCUAUGGCUAUGUCAGAGCAGAAGUUUUGGGGGGAUUCGUCAAUGCUUUACUUCUAUUUUUCAUUGCUCUUUUCAUCAUGUCUGAGGCUGUGGAAAGAUCCAUUGAACCACCAGAGAUAAAACAUGAAAGACUUUUGGUUGUGUCUAUUAUGGGAUUGAUAGUUAAUUUAGUUGGAAUAUAUGUGUUCCAUCAUGGACAUGGACAUGGCCAUGGAAUGGGACAUGGCCAUUCGCAUUCUCACACUCAAUCUCAUGGGGGUCAUGGACAUUCCCAUUCGAAUCAUAGUCACAGCCAUGAUCAUCUUGAUAUCGAAAUCGAUCCCUCCUUUACUGGUACAAAUUCUCAGAUUAUGAAAGGAGUUUUCCUGCAUAUCUUGGCAGACACGCUCGGAUCUGUAGGUGUAAUUGUAUCAGCAGUGCUGAUGCGUUUGUUUGGUUGGUUCAUAGCCGAUCCGAUCUGUUCCAUGCUGAUCUCAGUAUUGAUAGUUUUAAGUGUGCUUUCCUUAAUGAAAGACUCAUGGGAAAUAUUGAUGCAAAGGCAACCAGCAGCAUUGGAUCAUGUUCUACCACAGUGCUACAAUAAAGUGACCCAACUGGCGGGAGUAUACAGUGUACAAGAACCGCAUUUCUGGACGCUGUGUUCGGAUGUAUACGUUGGGUGCUUGAAAUUAGAAGUGGCUAGAACAGUAGAGCCCAAAUACGUUGUAGCGCACACGCAAAUGAUAUUCCAAUCGGCUGGAGUAAGGCAUCUAACGGUUCAACUGGAUUACGCACCUAUGUGAUCUACGAAAAACGUGCAUCUCAUUAAGUGUUCUUAUAAGUGCUCCAAAACUGUAUUUGUUUGUGGAGUCUGUCAGAAACAGGCAAGGAACAUUGCGCUAGUGCAGAAUAUUUCUGCCAUUUUAAAAUUGUGCAGAUGCAUUGUUCUGAGCAACAGUGAAUAUCAUCUUGGAUUACAGAUUGUCUAAGAAUGGAAAUAAUCGGUGCAGUUUACUGCCAUAUUCCUAAGGACGAUAUUAGAAUUUCAUUCCCUCGUUUCUGCAGUUGUACAUAAAUAUUGGCUCCCUCGUGUUUUACAAUUACUUCUUUACCAAGUCGCGAAUUAUCUUUCAAGCCCUCUUUUUAAACCGAAGCUCGGGAGUAAUGUUUUGUAUUGUACAUCGAAGCCAUUACAUCAAAUUGCAUUUAAAACUCAGAGAAACUACUGGCGGAAACUACUUAGAUUUUUUUACCUGUACAACAUUGAAAGCCACAACUACGAGGGCAUUUUCAUAAUUUCCUUCGUACCGCCUAAUUUCCCGUGUAUUGCGAUUUCUAACGUAAAGUCCAAACAUUAUGGUCGAGCGUGUGCAAAACUCUGAAUAAUGAAUCAUUGCGUUUGCUCACGAUAGAAACGGUUAAAUCGAUCUACAAGCAGCUGUAGACAUCGCUAGUCAUCGCUAUACAAAACAUGUGAAAUGUACAUUAUAUAUAUAUAUAAAAGUGCAACUUUAUAAAAUGUAAUAUAAAUCGAUAUUCUUACGUUUAUACGAUGUUAUGCUUUUCUCAAGAUUGUAUUUACUUCGUAACUAAUUUUGUUGGUGUAAAGUUCAAUUGAGAAAGUGAUGAACACUCACCUGGUAUAGAUUGAACGUUUAUCACAAUGCGACUGUAUUUCCAAAACACGUUCUACUAGAAUCGAAUAGGCAAAUUGCGAGUACAAUAUAAAAAUAAAUGUACUCUAGGAAAACUUCUAUAGAAGCUGAUGGAUAUAACAUUGAUACGAUUGCCAUUGGUCGAAACGGAAUCGCGAGACUCGGAGUUAGCAUAAUUUUUUAUUAAAUAUUUUAUAAAUCCGUGACGGGGUAUUCAGUCAUUUGUUCAUCACUUUCACAAGCAUUGUCUUCGAGUGGCGACUACCGAAUUAGACUAUCGAGAGAUUCAUAAGCGUAUGUCGUAAGCUUGACCAGGACAUUCCAUGUAGCCAAGGUGUAGGAUUUGUAUACUUGAAGUCGUGACGACUUAGGCCAAAAUUUAAUUGAUAGGAUAAAGCGAAACUUCGAUAAAAAAAUACUAACAGACAGAAUUAUCGAAAUACUAUAUCAUCGCGCGAGUGUGUGAGUAAAAUGCCAGAAUAACAUGCGGUCGAAUAAGACUUUUGAAUUAGAAAAAGUCGGUGCAAUUCCCGAGAUGAAAGUCAAGAUUAUUAUUAGCGUUAUUGUAUAGAUGGACAAUGAAAGAGAAUGUCCCCGCAGUAUCGACAGAUUGUAAAUAAUAAACGGAAGUACUUGUACUGAUAGCAACCUGUGGUCCCACUCUAUAUUGAUCAAUUAGGAAUGGACCUUAUUUCUUUUGUAACAAAUUUUGUUUAUUCGUUUGCUUUAACUAAAGGGUAGGGGAGAUUCAUAUAACAUGUAGAUUUUCAAACACAUAUUACAUUUAUUUGAAGGAUAUGUAUACACAUAUAAAUACAUAAAUAUUUAUAAUAAAA